ACAAAUAACACCAAAAAAGAAGUAUAGCAUGCUGGGAAACAGCAAACAUGGCCACCUUUGGUGAGUUAGCCGGCAAAGCUACUUCUGCCUCAGAAGUGGACCUUUUAUUGCACCCUGAGAUGCUAUCUCAGGAUUUUCUCCAGCUAAUCUUAAGUGAGAAAAAGGUCAGUUGCAGAGAUUGCAGCAGUCGCGACCAGCUCGUAGACCUCUAUAUACGACAUGUUAUCCCCCGGCCGCAGCGGACGUUGCCCAACAACCGCUGGGGGAAGAGGAUGGCGAAAGGCCGAGGGAAGAUGACACCGCCCGGCGUGCAGGCAAACAGGGAUCACAUUAAUUCUUCUGGAUCACUAAAACUGAAGAAAGCAGAGACCGCCACAGUUUCAUCUGGAGUCAUCGACAGACUAAAACCUCCCCCGGCUGUUAACUUGUCCAACCCUAUUCGCAAACUUUCUCUUUCAUCAUCAUCAUCAUCAUCACCAUCAUCAUCACUGUCGCCUUCCAACCACAUCUCUCCAGGCAGCACUGACAAAACAGGCCACAAACGGGAGGCAAAGAGUUCGGGUGUUCUGAAGUCUCCAGAGGUGAAGAAAAAGAUCCAGCAUGUGACUUGGCCGUGACAUGUCAAUAAAGAAACAGAAAGUGCAUCAAUCCUUUCAAAAUGAACAUUGUUGUGCUCCCAUCCUCUUCACUCACUCACGGCAUAAAAUAAAAUGUUGUACUCAACAA